AUGUUCCCUCUCGUCGGCCGCCCUUUCCCACGUCAGACAGCGUUCCUCGUCGCCCGCGCUUUCCCUCAUCACCCUCGCCUACCCUCUGGUCGCAUAUGUUCCCCUAGUCGCCCGCGCUUUCCCACGUUACUCACUCAUCCCCUCGUCGCAAUCGUUGAUAGUAGACAUACCGCGUUUCAGAUCGUCACCCGCGCUCCCCUCAUCACCCUCGUCGACCCGCACCGAUCCUCGCCGCCCACAUUCCCUCUCGUCGCUGACGCUUCCCCUCAUCACCCUUGCCGACCCUCGCCGCCCUCGCCUCCCCUCGUCGCUCGCACGUCCCGUCGUCGCCCUUGCCUCCCAGUCACUCGCGCUUCCCCUCGUCAUCAGCGUUUCCAUCCGCUCUUCCCCCCUCCCCAUCUCACCAACUCCAGAGGGAGAGGAACAGAUGGGGAGGAACAGAGAUGGUCGCCAACGCCACCCCAAUCGAACAGCGUUUCGAACCCCCAUCCCCUACCCUGCUUCCCCCCAUCCCCUUCCCUGCAUCCCCCCACCCUCUUCCCUGUUUCCCCGUAUCCCCUUCCCUGCCUCCCCCCAUCCCCUUCCCUGCCUCCCCCCAUCCCCUUCCCUGCUUCCCCCCAUCCUCUUCCCUGCUUCACCCCAUCCCCUCCCAUGCUUCCCCCCAUCCCCUUCCCUGUUUCCCCGUAUCCCCUUCCUUGCCUCCCCCCAUCCCCUUCCCUGCAUCCCCCCAUCCUCCUCCCUGUUUCCCCGUAUCCCCUUCCCUGCUUCCCCCCAUCCUCUUCCCUGCUUCACCCCAUCCCCUCCCCUGCUUCCCCCCAUCCCCUCCCCUACUUCCCCCCAUCCCCUCCCCUGCUUCCACUCAUCCCCUCCCCUGCUUCCCCCCAUCCCCUUCCCUGCCUCCCCCCAUCCCCUUCCCUACCUCCCCCCAUCCCCUUCCCUGCUUCCCCCCAUCCCCUUCCCUGCCUCCCCCCAUCCCCUUCCCUUCCACCUUACCGCCUGCCCACCUUACCGCCUUCCCACCUUACCACCUCAAAUCCUUCCCUUCUCAUCCGCGCGCAGGUGUGGCAGAAGGUGCACGUGGUGCGGAGCUUGUUGGCACUGGGGUACGACGUGGUAUUCACUGAUCGUGCGAUUCUCUGGGAUGCCAACUCGCGCGCCAACGGCGAUCUCUACGCGGUGCGCAGCAACACGCACGCGCAUGCUCAAGUUCUUAGAUUACUGGAUCCCCUGGCACAAGUGAUGAGCGUCGCUCUCUCACACUCUGCCGCAAUGCUGCUCCCCCUUGUGCCUGCCGCCUGCUGUCCACGCCUUCCAUCCCACCUCUCCCUUUCCCCGUCUGUUUCUAUUGUGCCGAAUCCCUCUCGCUCUUCUACUCACUACGGUCUCUCUCCCUUCCUUCAACCAGCUCUACUUACCCCCCAGUCUAUUCUCCUUUGCCACACCUGCUUCCCCCCUCCCUCCUCCCUGCUUCCCCCCUCCCUCCUCCUUGCUUCCCCCCUCCCUACUCCCUGCUUCCCCCCUCCCUCCUCCCUGCUUCCCCCCUCCCUACGCCCAGCUUCCUCCCUCCCUCCGCCAAGCUUCCCCCCUCCCUACGCCCAGCUUCCUCCCUCCCUCCGCCCAGCUUCCCCCCUCCCUACGCCCAGCUUCCUCCCUCCCUCCGCCCAGCUUCCCCCCUCCCUACGCCCAGCAUCCUCCCUCCCUCCGCCCAGCUUCCUCCCUCCCUCCGCCCAGCUUCCUCCCUCCCUCCGCCCAGCUUGUGCCCUCCCUACGCCCAGCUUCCUCCCUCCCUCCGCCCAGUUUCCCCCCUCCCUACGCCCAGCUUCCUCCCUCCCUCCGCCCAGCUUCCUCCCUCCCUCCGCCCAGCUUCCUCCCUCCCUCCGCCCAGCUUCCUCCCUCCCUCCGCCCAGUAGCCCACCCUCCUUCUGCAAUGCUUCCCCCAUCCCUCUGCCCUGCUUCCCUCCACCCUCCGUCCUGCUUACCCCCACCCUCUUAGAGGUGAGACUCACACACCAGGUGAGCAUUCGACCACCCCAUAUGCCCCUCCUCUCCCUCUAUCUCACCAUCUUUCCUGUCCCUCCCCAUGUGCCUCUCCCCUCCCUCCCCAUGUGCCUCUCCAAUCCCUCAAUACAGGCCGCUCCAAUCCCUCCCCAUGUGCCUCUCCGUUUUCUCCCCAUGUGGCUGCGCAGCGAGGAGGGGGGAUGCAUGCGCAACAACCUUUUUGGAUUGCAUUCACAUCCGGAAGGAGGAGGGGGUACGCAGGAUCUGAGUGCCCUGGCCAGCAGCACCACAGUGUUGGUGUUCAGGGAGGUGCACCCUGACGCCCUGCCGCUCUUUCCUGACUGCCCCACACCAUUCCUUCGCUCGCCAUGA